UAUUUCCAUUUAUUGAUUUUCUCAAAAACUGGUUUGCAUUAUGUGAAACUCUGAGAUAAACCUGAGACACAAAACGCUGACAGACCCGGUACCAGUUCUGCUCUCCAUGCUCUACAAAAUGCUCCGAAUUCACAGAAUGACCUUCUGUGAUGGCAGAACAACUCCUCUUUGGUGGAUCGGGCCCCAAAUCGGUUUCAGGCACACGGCCCCAUGGCUGUAAAUCCGUCAACAGGAUCCUGAUCGCAGCGAUAAAACAUCUCAAACUGCUCAUGUUUGGGUUUUCUUGUUCAUUUUCAGGAUCAUUUUCUUUACUUUGAGUCUCCUGAAGGUCUGGGAAGUCUUCCCGGGUUGAUGAGCAGCAGCAGUUGCUUCCUUCUGGCAGGAUUUGACCUCUGACCUCGCUCCUGUUCCCUCUCACCUGUCAGCCGUCAUCCCGACAGCGACCUCAGAGAUGUGAGCGUUCUGCGCAUGCGCUGUGGAUCCCGUAGGAGCUCCUUCCUGCCAGAUAGUGCUCCCUAACAACAGACAAAGCUUUCCUGCGUGGAUUCCCGGGGAGAGAGUGGAUCGAGGAUCCCGGAUCCCCUUCCAUGGGUCCAGAGCGGCGGUCCGACUGCAGAGCGUAGCUGAGCCUGGAGACGUGGCGGCGCGCCUCGCCGCAGAGAUGGACGACCCGCAGGAGCUGCCGGCCAAGAAGGCGAAGCUGGAGGCCGACGGGGGGCAGGAGUCGCAGCUCAGGGGUCUGAGCUCAGGCGGGACUCCAGCUGCUGCUCUGGCUUCAUCGGAGGAGGACGGCUCCUUCUCCGCUCUGUCUGCGGCCCGGAUGGACCCAGGGGAGCCGGAUCAGGCGAGCGGCGCCAGAGGAGAAUCGGACCGGCCGAUCGGCGACGCCGUCGACUCGUUCUCCCAUCCAGAUGGCGACUCGGCCCAGUCCGACUACAGUCAGCAGGUUUACCAGGAGGCCAGCCCUGCAGUGACGUCCUUCAGCAGCCAGGUGGCGUUCCAGUCCGCCGUCUACUCCUCCUUCCCUCAGAGCGGUCAGACUUACGGCCUCCCGCCCUUUGGUGCGCUGUGGCCAGGUGUGAAGACGGAGACGGGGCUGCCUGAGGCGCCCCCCAGUGGCCAGACGGGGUUCCUCAGCUUCAGCACAGCCUACACCUCCACCCAGCCGGGCCAGCUGCACUACUCCUACCCCAGCCAAGCCUCCAGCUUCACCACGUCCAGCGUUUACUCCAACAUCCCCUCAUCAACCGCCGUCAGCGGCGGCGCCACCGCCGCCGGACCACAGGAGUUCAGCAGCUACAGCUCACUGGGACAGAACCAGUUCUCCCAGUAUUACCACCUUCCUCCCAACUACACGUCCGCCACGCCGCCCAGCGCUGACGAGCACGGCUCCGGUACCGGCGCCGGCGCCGUGGGGUACUCAGCAGUGAAGUCAGAAGAGGCCGCCUCAGCCGGACCGCCCAUAGAUGCGUCGCCGCCUGAGAACCCGCCAGCGGGGGGCGCCAGAGAUCAGGACGAGGUCGGCCGCAGGAACUCGGUGGGAAAGUCCAAAGCCAAGGCCAAGAAGUCUGACGGCUCGCCGCCCGCCAGCAGCGACCUGGAGCGUGUCUUCCUGUGGGAUCUGGACGAGACCAUCAUCAUCUUCCACUCUCUGCUCACCGGAACAUACGCACAGAAGUUCGGCAAGGACCCGGCGACCAUGCUGAACCUCGGCCUGCAGAUGGAGGAGCUGAUCUUCGAGCUGGCAGACACUCACCUGUUCUUCAACGACCUGGAGGUACGGUCCAACAGAACCUCAGAUAACCAAUCAGAACCUCAGAUAACCACCAGAACCUCAGAUAACCAAUCAGAACCUCAGAUCACCACCAGAAUUGACGUCACUCAGAGCUACUUCAGGCUUGGCUGUGAAGCCGGGCCUGGAACCAGAACCUGGACCCGGUGCUGUCGUCUCGCUGCAGGUCUCCUGAACCCCAUAAAGAGGGAGCUGCUGCUGCGGCUGCAGUCGGAGAUCGAGAACGUCACAGACUCCUGGCUCACCACCGCUCUCAAGUCCCUGCUGCUCAUCCAGUCCAGAGGGAAGUGCAUGAACGUGUUGGUGACCACGACCCAGCUGGUCCCAGCGCUGGCCAAGGUUCUGCUGUACGGCCUGGGAGACGUCUUCCCCAUCGAGAACAUCUACAGCGCCACAAAGAUCGGGAAGGAGAGCUGCUUUGAGAGGAUCGUCUCUCGCUUUGGGAAGAAGGUGACCUAUGUGGUGAUCGGAGACGGCCGAGACGAGGAGUUCGCAGCAAAGCAGCACAACAUGCCUUUCUGGAGGAUCUCCACCCACGGCGACCUCGUCUCCCUCCACCAGGCGCUGGAGCUGGACUUCCUGUAGACAUCCUGCGCCUGGCGGCCAUGUUUGGGGGCGGAGUCUGAGUCCGCCCCGCCCUCUAUGGCAGCUAAACUCACCGCCGCUCAGACUGACUCACGCUUCACUUCCCCCGUCUCCACCUGGACGUCCUGCGGAGGACUUCCAGUCCUGGAGACGUCCGUUCGGUUCAAUGUGUUUUAGCCUGGACCCAGAAAGUUCUGCUUCUGGGUCGCUGUGCUCUGCGAACCGGUCCUGCAUGCUCCGACCCGACCCGACCCGAUCCGAACCGAGACGAUGAACACUCGGGUCGUCUUUAAUCCCAAAGAUCCGGAACAUCUCCUGAAAUCCCUGUGAAGGUCUGGAUUCCAACGUCGCUUUCCCUCAACACAGCAGAACUUUAUCAGAACUUCACCAUGGCAACCAGAACCGGCAACUGAGCUCCAGCUGCUGCAGACCGGACCGAACCAGACAGAUUUGUCCUUCAGACACGACCAGGAAGUGGAGCGGAUGUUCUGAUUGGACCGUGAGGAACGUGGACCCGGGGACUCGGCGUAUUUAUGUCCUGUGCCUUUAAGCGCCGCUCCUCUAUCUGCAGCUUCUUCGUAUCAAAGUGUUAUUUUUCCAUUCAGACGCUUCUUCAUUUCCCCGUUCUGCCGGCAUUGAGACCCGGAGGCUCUCCGUCCGGCGCCGACCCGAACGCGGCUCCGAUAAAGUCUCUCCGUGUUUCGGUUCAUCUCACCAGACGCUCCUUUGGUCAGGAGCGUCGCUUAGUUGCUGCGACAAUCACAGGUCAGGUUACUGCGGGAAAACUGCGGCAGGAAAUCACGACAGAACCUCCGGUUCUGGAGAACUUUGAGACAUUUUGGUCAGAACCUGCAGGUUGACAGGAAAUCUCCUGAAAUCUAUGGAAACCAGUCAGACCUCAGGCCCGGUUCUGACCCCGGUCCCGGUUCUGACCCGUCUUGGUUCUGAACUCAGUGCUGGUUCUGACCCGUCUUG